CCCAACACACCCCUCCAAAGACCUCCACCCAACACACCCUUCCAAAGACCUCCACCCAACACACCCCUCCUCCAACUGCCUCGACGGGGAUUAGAGAGAGGGAGACGUGGAGAAGGGACUCCCUCCUAGCUGCAGCCGAAGAUACAGCCGUCAGUGAUCCCGUCCUCUCCUACAAUUAUACCAGCUUAAGUAUCAGGCACCCUGGAGCACCACCACCACCGUCCGACAUACACACGCCGCCACCCACAGUACAAAGGAGAAGACAGAGACGGAGAAGGAAGAAAAUCAACCAAAAGAAACCAAAGAGAAGAAAACCUGACAACAACAGCUCUGAGGUGGAAAUAAACAAUAACACAGACUCGGGUGACGAUCCAUCUCCUACGGGGGCGCUUCCGACAACUCGUUCACAGAUCACUGAGGUGCUAACUGCUCUUCCUCGAGGACUUGAACGAGGAUCACGAGAGGAUGAUCACGAGACCGAGGAGAGGAGCGCCUCGCAGGGCACUCACACCGUAGGUCGUCGAGGACAACAGAAAAAUCACCAUCGGGUACCGAGUCCUGUCACCACAUCACCACGGAGACGAGGACUCGGUAACAUCAAUCACCGUCAUAAUGAAAGAACUCAAGAUUCCUCAAGGACCAGAACAAACGAUGAAGAAGGUAACUACAGGAAAGAUCACAGAAGAAGACAAUCCCGAGGGAGGGAAACAACGGCUCCUGAGAUGGAAUCGUCGACGUCCAAACCCCUGAGGGAACGCCAGGGUAAUGGGGUGAUUAUCGGAGGAGGAGUCUCGCCCGCUUCAGACGAGGCCGGGGAAGGUGAGAGCGUCGGUGCAUAUGUAGGAGGUAAUGAGCAGGGAGAUAAUCGUGGGCGGGGGAAGGAAGUGAGUCCUGAUAAGAGUGGCGUGGGAAAAAACCAGGACGUGCGGGAGGAGAGGAAACAUCCAGGUCAUGAAGCAACGUCGACGAGGAGCCAAGAUAAGAGAAUUGAUGGAGAGAAUCACAGGAGAGAAAAAACAGGAGAGAGAAAACACAGGAGAGAAAAAAGGAGAAAGUAUGGACUAAGAGGAAGACAAAGAACACACUCAGGAAGACGGAGACCAAGACAACAAAGACUAUCAGCUCAAAGACGGAAAGGCUCGAGAUUACGGGGGAUCGAAGCUUCACAGGAGGUCAAGUCAUCUCAAACUCCUCAAGAUGUAAACAAAGCAGCUGACCCUCGAGUAGCAGCCAUGUACAAGAGACCAGACGCUACUACACGUCCUCGAAGAGUCUACCGUCGAGGGAGAGGCAGAAGCGGUGUCCCGGUGGCUGGUGUAGACUCUGGUACUAUAAAUAGAAAGAAAAACAAACACUAUUCACCAAAUCCAUCAGGUGGCGCGACUCUCAGCCAGACAGACAACAAGGGCCGGGAGACUUCUUCAGGGCGCAGGGUAAGGAAAAACCGAUCGAGAGCCAUCACCAGGAAAGACGCGAAGCUUGAGGGUAAAAAAACUUUACAAAUACAGUGGCGUGUCAGAGGUGAGGGAGGUCCGUCACUCAAAUUACCCUCAAGUGACGUCACCACCACCAGACACCACCACCACUCGCCGCAAAACAGAGAUAAAAACUUUGCUAGAAAUUCCGACCAUCCAGGACAGACAAAAACUCGACCAUCCAUACGUCGUCAGCGUCACCAUCGUCGUCCUCGUCGACGUCGGAAGAAGACACAGAGAUGGAGGGCGAGAGCCGCCAGCAGAAGGGUUCAACGACGUGGGUCUUAUGGCCGGCACUGGUUUACAGGAUCCACUGAGGACAGUUACUCAACCAGGCGGAGAAAACACGACCGAAGAAACAGGAGAGAAUUAGCCGCUCCGUUUAUAGUGCCUGGAGGGUGGCGGGUGGCCCCUCACACCGAGUCUAUGGUGGAGCGGCAGCCAGAGUCUCCCGGCCAGAAGAGGCGGAGUCUUAAGGUAAGAAGAGACUUUAAGAGAUUGUCAGGCUCAACACCCAAAGAUCCACAUGUUAACACAAGAUCAAGAUCGACCGACGCGGAGGUAAACUUAAGAUCCCAACCGACGGACGCAGAUGAUAACUUAAGAUCACGACAGAGACGCACCGACGUAAACCCAAGAUCAAAACACAUAUUAACACAGAGAAGAAAGCGUGAGACGAGGCCAGAAUCCCGCGACAAAUCCCGACGAAGAUCUGGAGAUUCCGGAGGAUGGAGAGACGUCAGCAACUCGUCCCGGGAGAGGAAGGGGGAUCUGAGGUGUAAGAAACGGCAAGUCUCCGCCCUGACACAGCGACGCCGGGGGACUGGCAGGAAAUUGAGGGCAUCUGGCGGCCAGGGCGUGAACUGCUACAGAACUAAGAGUCUGUCGUGGAAGGCGGAGCUGACCAGUAGUAGCUGCGAUUACUCAGGGAGAAAUGGCAACCAAAGUCUCCUUAUUGAGGAAGAUUCUCCUUCUUCGAGAAUAAGACCCACCCUUCAGGAGAACCACCAUCAGGAGAACCACCAUCAGGAGAACCACCAUCAGGAGAACCAGACACCAGACGUCCCUUACACUGAGACAGGAGAAGGGAGAAGUGAGCAGCGAACACGGAGAGAACUCAGGAAUCUUUUCGACGCCCCAAACAUCACGUACCGCUGUUCACCCACUAAGAAAUACUGGCUCUUCGCCUCCAGCGUCCCCAUGGGCAUCUAUCCGGUGAGGGUGAAGGUCCUACAGGGUGGCAGUAUCAUCCGCCUUUCCCCCAUCCCUGGAGAGACUGACGGGGGGAGAUCAGGGGAAGGGGUGGACCUUACGUCUCAGUCACCCCCAACCACCACCCACCACCGCUCAGACAUCCCCCCUGAAGAGGAGUACACGGAGCUGGAUGACGUCCUUAGGGGUAUGAGCCCGACUUCAGGACGUCCCUCUCCUUCAACCUCUCCUUCACCUCCAUCUUCCGCGUCUCCGUCCUCUCCUCCUCCACACUCUCCCCCCCCUACUCCCACACCCCCGCGGCCUCCACACACUCCACCCGUAAGGAUCACGAAUCAGUGGAUGGAGGAGACGUUGGCGAAGGUGAAGACAGUGGUAGACUCUAUCCUUCGCUCUAUUGGCUCGGCAAGGGAUGAGGUGGAGAGGAAGAGGGACGAACGCAGAGGUAGUCCUGUUACCCAGAGAGAAGGAGGAGAAGGGGAAGAAUCACCUCAAGAGAAACACAACAGAGGGGGAGAUGAAAGAAGAGGGAGGAGAAUAAUUGGGAGAAAGGGUAAAAGAAGAAAACCGGGAGAAACAGAGAGAAGAAGUGAAGUGUAUGAGAGAGAGAAUGAGAAUGAUGAGAACACCCAAACUCCUGAGAACAUAACACAGGGAGAGAGAACAGGAGGAGUAGAAGUGAGAGACGCCGAGGACAGCAGCAGGAGAGAACAUUUCAGCGCCUCCAGCAGAAACGUUACUAAAUUAAUAAGUGACACUGUCUCUGUAUCUGAGGACAGUAGUGUACCUAUAUCUGGAAGUGACAGUGUUUCUAAAUCUGGAAGUGACAGUGUUUCUAAAUCUGGAAGUGACAGUGUUUCUAAAUCUGGAAGUGACAGUGUUUCUAAAUCUGAAAGUGACAGUACUUCUAAAUCUGAAAGUGACAGUGUUUCUAAAUCUGAAAGUGACAGUUCUUCUAAAUCUGAAAGUGACAGUACUUCUAAAUCUAAAAGUGAGAGUGUAUCUAUACCUAGUAGUGAUAGUAGUGACAGUACUUCUAAAUCAUCAGGUGGUGAAGUAGUGUUGUCUAGUACAGAAAAGGAGGGACUUUCUAGGCAUGACAACACUAGUGGUUCUAGUUCUAGCAGUGAAGUUGUUCCUAGUUCUGAGAGUGAUACUUUACUUGGUUCUGAUGGUGAGACUGUACCGAGUGUUGACGGUGGUAUCGGUACUACUUAUGACGGAGACAUGGGUCACUCUGUCAACGCCACAGAGACGAACCAACACACUAAUUAUACACAGGGUUUCGAUCUCUCACACCACGGUAAUAAGUCUGGCGUGGCGGGGACCUCAGGGGACAACAGGACGUCCCCAGCAGCCACGUCCUCCAAACAGACGAUCUCCUCCGUCACCGACCUCCUCUUCACUGUGCCCAACGAGCGGGUCAUCAAGCCAGCGGAGAACAGUCAGGUACAGAGCGAAAUAAAAUCUACCGAGAAGUUAAUCCGGACGUCUUUAGAGGAUCUGCUGUUCCGUGUUCCCAGCGGCAGCAGCAGACAGACUCCUGAGGGAGUGGUCGACCCGGGGACUACCGGAGAUGUCAGAGGGAUUACCGCGGAUGUUCCUCCUGCCUCUCCCCCAUCAGGUGCGCCUCAGCUACACGAGUUAAGUAGUCCCAACGCUAGUGUGGCCACGACCCUCACAGACGCUAAUGGUCAUUCCAACGAUACUUUAACUGAGACAACGAGCCAACACGAACCAACUGACAGCAGGAAUGCGAGAACACCACGAACGGAAGCGAUAAAUGUUUCAGUUCCUCCAGUAAAAAGUGACUUAGAAAACGUAGCACCGGGACACACCACAGAAAACGAGUCCGCGGAGGAGGGAAGAGGAGGAGGAGGAGGAGACCUACUCACAAGUGAACACAUGCUCCGUACCACCUGUUUACCUGUCGGCUCUAUAGGCAGGUUCAAGGUGGAGGACGUGACGUAUUUAGUGACAGGUAUGGGAGCUGGGACAGGUGCUGAGGACUGCUGGAGGGAGGUGACGAGCGUGGUCAAGAAACACAUCAAGUUGUCUCCCCUCAACCACACCACACUACUAGCCACCACCGCCUUCUACUUCGUCGCCGCCAGCGCUAACCUCAUUGAGCCGGACAUGGCCUAUGGAUUCGUGAAGGUCGGCCAGUUCAGAGUGGCUGCCACCCUAAUGUGUGAGAGAGAGCCGCGGAUGUUACCGGACCCUCUGGCCUGCCUCGACUAUCAGUACGUGGCCGCCCUGUUAACCCACGGCCUCAACCUCUCUGACGACACCGAGAUACUAGUGUGUGAGAAGAUCCAGGGAUUUCGUCUGGGCUGGGCGCUCGGGGCAGCUCUUGACUACCUCCAAAACCACUGAGCGUGACCACCAACACCAACAGUCAUCAACAGCUUCACAAACCACUGGGAAAUAGUUCCUAACAACUUCCAGAAGCCAAUUGGAUGCUCGUCCUUACAGCUUCCAGAGGCCAGUGGCAUAUCGUCCAAACAAACUUCCAGAAACCAUUGGAAGAUCGUCCUCAGUAACCUCCUAGACGGAUGAUAAUGGUGUGUCAGCCUCCACAGCCACCGGGAAGACUUCAUAUGAAUAUAAACUUCCAGAAACCAACGAGACAUCAUCCUGAACAAGAAAGAAAAGUCCCGCUAUAGAACUUCCCGAAAAAUAGGAGAAGCGUCCUUAACAACUUUCACGAGAGAUGGAAGGUCUUCCUCAACAACU